AAGUCGUGUACACGUCUGUAAAAUCAUUGUCAAAUAUUGAUAACAUAUAGCUAUAAUAUUAGUGCAAUUAUUCAAAAUGACUAAUUUAUCAUCUGUAAUCGCCAAAUUUUACGAUGGCUACAUGAACACUACACCCACGAAACUUAAAAUUAUCGACUCAUAUUUACUCUAUGUACUUCUAACCGGUAUAGUGCAGUUUGUGUACUGUUGUCUUGUUGGAACCUUUCCUUUUAACUCAUUUUUAAGUGGUUUCAUAUCAACAGUUAGUUGUUUUGUACUAGGCGUCUGCCUGCGUCUUCAAGUAAAUCCUCAAAAUAAAUCGCAAUUCAGUGGAAUAAGCCCAGAACGUGGGUUUGCAGAUUUCAUAUUUGCGCAUAUUGUUUUGCAUAUAGUCGUAGUUAAUUUUAUUGGGUGAAGUAUGAUUGUACUUCUUCA